UGAAUACUUAAACACGAUACUUCGAUAGACAAACAUUAGGUACAUUAUUUUAUUUUAUUUAACACAUAUAGCGACGAGUAUGGAAUGCGUAGAUGGAAUCGGAAAUGUUAGGUAUGACAGCAGUAGUUAAGCAGAUGCAAUUGCGUAUAUCCGAACAGCGGGACAGAUUGAAGGCGUGUGACCUGGAGCUCAAUAAAAAAGAACAGACAAUUCGAGAAGUAAACAGAAUUGUAAAAAACUUUCAAGUUGAUAUCCACUCGGCCCGUGAACAUUAUCAAAAUUCGGCAAAACUUAAAGAAGCAGUUAAAGAUUUAUUUAUUAAAUAUGGCAAUAUAAAAACAUUUGAAGUAUCUAAAGGCGAAGAGCUUGACACCAGAAUGGAGUUUACAAGACAGCGUCAAUUUUUAGAACAGUCCAUUAUCAGCUUAAAAAAAAGUGUGAAUGCAUGUGCAAAAAAAAAUAAUUCCCAUAAAAAACUUAUGGAGGAGAACAUGAUUCUCAUUGAUACAAUCAAUAAGUUAAGACAAGAACUGAAGGCUAACUGUCAGAAAUACGACAACUCAAAAUCAAUUAUUAAAAUUAAAGAAAGUAAAAACCCAAUUACUAAACAAACUAAAAAUAACAAUCUUCAGGAUCCUGUGACAAAUUUAGAUUUAGUUAAAUAAUAACAUAAUCCUUAAAGAGUAUAAUUUAUUGAAACACAUUUGAAAUAAUUUUUUUUUUUUGUAAAGCAGUUUUUAGUUGAUUUAGUCAGUUAGUAGUAGUUAAUACAUCAUUUACGAAUAUUUAAUUUUAGUCUUUAUAAAUAAUAGAACACAAUAGAAUAUAUCUUAUAGACUGAACAAAAAUCUGUAAGUAGCAUAGCUCAUAAAACAUCUAAGUUUUUUAUAUUGAAAAUUAUAAUUCAUGUCUACAAAUAUGAAGUUUAUUAAAUUUGAAAACAAA